CCGAGGCAGACCUGCUCCGGGCAGAGGCGGGCGAGUUGGGCGUCGGCGUCGGGCGCGGUCUCUUGAGCAGGGCAGCCCCGAGCAGCGCCUUCAGCUGCUUGCGAUUCUUUAUUCAAUGUCGGAAGAUCACAGGUCAGUUUGCAGGGGGUUGGCUUAAAUGACCCUUGGGGGUCCCUUCCAACUCUAAGAUUCUAUACAAACACAACAUAGUGUAAUAUAGUAAUAAACAUAAUAAAUCCCCCCCACAUACACACAUUUAAAAGACCAGAGAUUAUUCAGCAGCCCCAGGCCUGCAUGGCAAGGUGUGGCUGGGCUACCCUGGGGGGUCCCGUCCAACUCUAGUACCAUUCCAUGAGUCUGGCAUUUCCGCCAGGCACCUAAUGGUGUUUUUCUGGCUUCAGGUAUCACAGCGCAGCUCAGACGGUGUCAGGAAGGGGGGGCAGCACACAGCCCCCUUUUUACCCUUUGGUCACCCCCAUGCGAGGGGGCACAGUUGGAGGGCGGGAGCUCCAGCACAGGCCGCUCUUGCCCUGGCAGGCCCAGCAUGGCACCCUCCUCCCUGCCUGCUCUUUGGCAAGGCUGCUGGGCGCAGAGGCAGGGAUUGGCUGGAAGGAGCUGCCAGAGUUUGGCCCCUGCCAGCCCCCAGCCAUCCAGAUCCGGCUUCUGGGGACUUUUGACCCUUGGGCUUUUCAAGCAGAUCUCUGCCCGGUCCCUGGAAUCGAUCCAUUCUGUUGAUCAUUCCCAAGCAGCUUGGAGAGAGCCCAGUCCAGGCAGUGGCAGCGUUUCCUUGGCAGAGGUCAUUGCGUUCCCCUUUCUUUUUCUCCGUUUGGCUUUGACCACGUCCUUCUGACGAAGUAUUCUGUGCCAGUGGAGACGAAAGAGGUGCUGACCCGCUUGCUUGGCUUUCCUCUCACGCUUCUCCAGCUGCCUGCCAACUCCACAGUUGAGUUGGAAGAGAUCCCAAGGGUCAUCUAGUCCAAGCCAGGCAACGAAGUAAUCUCAACUCACAGCCUCCCAUCCAAAGACAAGGAAAUGAGCAGCUAUCUGACUAUUAGAUGACAUCUGAAGGCAGCCCUCUAUCGGGAUGUUUUUAAUGUUUGAGGUUUACUAUGUUUUAUAUGUACUGUAGGCCACUCAGAGUGUCUGGGGAAACCCAGCCAGAUGGGUGGGGUAUAAAGAAUAAAAUUAUUAUUUGGUUUUUCAAAUUACAGUUUUACAAUCACAUAUCCAACAUACCAUACAACAUAAAGACAAGAUUCCAUAGAAUCUCCUGGGCUUCCCUCCUCCCCUUUUUGGGUCUGAUGAUUAACAUCUUUUAUAAUAAUCCAAAUCUUUUACAUCUCCAUUAUAUCCAAAAUUCACCAUUAAACUACAAGUGUAGUCAAAUGCAGCCAAGCUUCUAGUCCUCAUACCGGUAGAAGUUGACCUGCACUGGACAUGGCAGUGUGCAGGACGCAAAGCACUCGCCCUUUUCUCAUAGCGGUUGGUCUCUACGAAAUACUCCACCAAACCUCAAACGCUACAGUUGAAUCUGGUUUUGCCUGAUGGCGUGAAGGUGCGCCCAGCCUUCUCUUGGGGAUCUGUCCCUGGGAACGCUUGUGAAUGGAGAGGAGGCACCCCUCCCCUUCUUGCUGUGGGGCCAAACCAAGUGCUGCUUCGCCUCCCCUUCUCUCCCUCUCCUCCUCCAGCAAGAUGGCGUCGCAGAAGCUGCAGGUGGCCGUGGUUGGGGCAGGGGCUGCUGGUCUGUGCGUCGCCCGCCACAUCCUUGCCUCGCCCAAGACGUUUGCUCCUCCUGUGGUGUUCGAAGCCUCUGGCUGCCUGGGAGGCACCUGGGUUUACUCUGAGGAAGAGGCUGAGGGGCGGCCCACUCACUCCAGCAUGUACCGGGACCUCAGGACUAACCUGCCCAAGGAGGUGAUGGCCUUUCCUGACUUCCCCUUUGACCCGGCGCUGCCUUCCUUCCUCCACCACUCGGAUGUGCUGGCCUACCUGGAAAGCUACGCGGAGCACUUUGGGGUCCAGGAUCACAUCCAGUUCCAGAGUGAGGUGAGCCACAUCCGGCCUGUGCCCAGCAGCGAGGGCCAGCCAGGGGGCUGGGAGGUCACAGCCACACACCAGGGGCCAGAGACAACCCAGAAAGUCACAAAGCACUUUGAUGCCGUCAUGGUCUGCACUGGCCAUUAUGCCAACCCAUUCAUCCCUCCCAUUCCUGGCCUGGACAGCUUUCAAGGCCGCCUCCUGCACAGCCACUCCUACCGGCGCCCGGAGCCCUUUGCUGGGCAGAGGGUGGUGCUGGUGGGUGCCGGCCCCUCCGGAGUCGACCUGGCACUGCAACUGGCCCCUCUGGCUGCGCGGGUGGUGCUGAGCCACCAGGGCCCUCUGGUCUGUGGGCUGCCCUGGGAUGUGCUGCAGGUCCCUCCUCUGGCCCGGGUGUCGGCAGAGACGGUGGUGCUGAGGGACGGCUCUGUGCUGCCAGCCGACGCCUUGAUCCUCUGCACCGGCUACCGCUACCGCUUCCCUUUCCUGGACUUGGCACAGCUGGGCUUGCGGGAGACGGAGUAUGGGGUGGGGCCCCUGUACCGGCACCUGGUGGCCCCCCAGCACCCGUCGCUGUUCCUGGUUGGCGUCUGCCAGCAGAUCUGCCCCUUUCCGCAUUUCCACUGCCAGGCGCUCUUUGCCCUCGCGGUGCUGGAGGGGGGCUGCCCUCUGCCCUCUGCCGCCGAGAUGGAGGCCGAUGCCCAAGCGCAGCUGGAGCGGCACCUGCGCGAGGGGGGUCUGGCGCGGCACUUCCUGCGCCUCCGGGCCCAGCAGUGGAGCUAUGCGGAGGAGCUGGCCCGCCUCGCAGGGUUUUCCCCACUCCCCCCGGUGGUGCGAGAGAUCUAUGAAGCAACACGCACCAGCCGGGCCCAGAAUGUGAGCACGUACCGCGGAAGGAACUACCAGCUGUUGGGCCCAGAUGCCUGGGAAGUCAGGCAAGGAGAGGCCGAGGAUGCAGAAGGAGGGCCUCUCCUUUGACAGCCGACCAGCCAGGGGCCAUCAGCACCACCAUCUUGUGGCAGGGAGUUCCAUAGAUUAGCCAGAGCAUUAUGUGACCAUGACUAUGCUGCCGGUCAGUUCUGCCGGGAGACCCAGCCCCAAAGUGGGGUGUUUGGGGAAACGAAGUGAAAUGCCGCUCGACCAAUGGGUGGGUGUGCAGCCUCUGUUUUGGGGAGAGGGCUUGCCAAGGAGGGUGGUGGCAUCCCUGCGAGGGAGGGGGCCGUUGCUGCCCACUUGCCUUCUCCUUUCUGAGGGGUGAAUGCGGAGCGCUGCCUGCCAAUGCCUUAGGCAGGUGAAUCACAAGCUGUUUGCCAUGCUAAUUCUGAAGAACCAGAAGAAUAAAAAGACGGCCAUGUGCUGUGCCUGCAACUGAGUUUAUUUCUGUGUUAAUCCCAAAGUAGUUUAGGGCAGAGAUGGGCUGCUCUUUGUGUUGGGGAGGGACAAGGCGUGUCAGGAUUUCCAGGGUGUGGGGUCAAGACUGCUCUCACCCCUCUGGAGGAGGCCAACAGGAGGUGGCGCCAGACAGAGGCGGAGCUAGCUGUGCACCCAGGGACAUCCCAGGCGGUCAGCAUGGCGAUGUCACCCCCCCCCCCGGUCAGGGAUUACACUUGGGGCGGUCCACACCCACCGCACCCCCUUCCUCCGCUAGUGGAGCCAGAGCCAAUGGCAGGCAGAGCCAACUCCUCCUGCCCCCCCCCCGCCUCCCAGCUGAGAUCUACAGCACAGACAGAGGGGGAGGAAGCUGAGAGGCAGCACCACACUCUGGCCUGGUUGCUGGGAAGGCAGACAGAGGUUGGUGUGUGACAGGAGAGAACCAGCGGCAAAUCACACUGAGCAAGUGGUUAACUCUUUAUUUGAAAAAUCAGGAUCCGCACAGGUGUGUCAGGGCUAAGGAGCACAGCAACUCUUCUCUGGCAAGUCUUGCCCCCGUGAAGCAGUUGUGGAGAGUGAAGGUGUCCCCACCCUCCAACAGCUGCCCAAGUCCUCUCCUCUCCAGGGUUUUCCCCAAGCAAUCGGAGGCUGCUCCUACAUGAAGCUAACUUCUCCUCUGCCCUUUUCAUGCCUCUUCUGGUUCUGGGAGACCAGGCAGCGGAAGAAGCUUGUUGCUAGGGUUGGGCAAUAGAUUGAGAUAUCGUCUAAAACCUGGAUGAAAUCCAUAUUGUGAUAUCAGUUUCAUGAUUUUUGACCUGGCAUUACAGUAUAUCACAAAUCAUGGUGUGUGUGUGUGUGUGUGUGCGCGCGCGCGCGUUAUGGAUAAAUCACAAAGUGGGGAAACCCGUGAAGCCAGCCAAUGCCUCUACAUAGCUCCAUCCUUAUUUCAGGCAUUGUGAUACAUUGAUGCAUCAAAAUGUUUAGCUGGUGAUUUAUUGCGAUGUUGAAAACCAGAUAUCGCCCAUCCCCACUUGUUGCAGCAGGAGAGGCCUCUUCACCAGCCGGACUCAUCUCUGCCUCUUGGCUUCCUCCAGGGCCGGCUCUAGGUAGACCCCC